AGGGAGGGUAAAAGAGCGCAAAGCGAGAUAUCGGUGCAGAGGUGGAGCGGUGCAGAUAGCUCUGGGAGCUGAGACUAGGGUGGAAAGAUUUCGUUUUUCAUUUUUUUUUCUUCCUCUGGAUACAGUUUUAGCGAACUUGCUUGUCAAUCAUGGGGAGCGUCGAGUCCAAGAGCCAGAAUGCAGAGACCGCUACAGCGAGCAAAGCAGCAGAGCAGGAAAACGGGCAUGUAAAGACAAACGGGGAUGCUGUGCAGAAGCUGAACGGGGAUGCUGCUGCUGAAUCCAAUGGCUCUGCGGAGCCAGUUGCUGAGGAGGCGGGAUCUGGGGAGACCAUUGAGCAAGCCCCACCUGCCAAUGGAGAUGCCAAGCCAGAGGAGCCCCCAGGAAAGCAGGGAAAGAAAAAGAAGUUCUUUAAGAAGCCGUUCAAGCUGCCAUUCCGCAAAAACAAAAAGGAGGCUGCUGAUGCUGAUGCUGCUGCUGCUGCAGAGGAGAGCCCAGCUGGAGAGGAGGCUGCUUCCCCCAAGGAAGAAAAUGUUGCUAAGGCAGAGGAACCACAAAGCGAAAAUGUAGCAGAGCCCACCAGCGCCCCUGAGGAUGCCAGUACCGCUUCUGCAGCUGCCCCAGAAGAAGCUCCUGCCGCCCAGCCUGAGCCUGCUGCUGCCCCAGAUGCUACCCCAGCUGAGCAGAGUGAACCUCAGCCCAGUAAGGAGCCGGCUGCCGAGCUGCCUAAGGAGGAGUAGCAGGGGGAACCCUCCAUCAGACUACAUUGAGCCCUUUUUACACCUGUCAUUCACCACAGCCCUGGGUACUGUAUCUAACCUAUGCAGGGUGUGAACAGACCUUUAUGUGCCAAAAGUUUCUGGUCCCCCUUCCGUGAAAAUCUUCACUACCCUAAUUAUGUCUUAUGUUAAAGCUAAAACACGUGUACUGGUGAGGUUUAGGACUGAUCGGGUAAAGGUGUGAACUCUUAUCAUCCAGACUGAAACUCAUGAUCUGUUCCAUCGACAAUCGUAGCUUUGAGGACAACACUAGUUGGAAUUUGAGGUGGAUGCAAGGGGCUGCUUUCCCAGAAGUGGACUUUAUUCCAAAAUCUAAGCAGUGACCCUGAAACCAGUUUUUCAGAGGUGGCUGAGCGUGGUAAACUUUCCCUUCUCAGGGUGUGAGCUGUGAAUUCACCAUGCUACAACCUACUAAAGUUCUUCUGGUGUGUGUGUGCGUGAAAUGAGAAUGUUUUCCUGUAAAUACUUUUUUUUAUGGUCUGGUUCUGUGGUGACUUUUCUAACUUCUUUUAAGUUGUUGUUUUUUUUUUCCAUUGUGAUAUUUUAAAUAAAUUUUAAUCCCUUUACUCCAA